ACAGCACUUGAUAGGUGGUUACGCUGACAUUAUGGAGCCGAUGAAAUUGAAAAGCUCCGGAAAUUAUGGUCAUGUUUGUUACAAUUUUCCGUCCCAUGCAAUACCCCUGACUUCUCCACGUUUCUCUGUUGUGAAACACUAGACCAGCCCUUUGACUUGAGUACAACCUCCUGGCGGCCGUGGUCCUGGUACCAAACACUCUAAUUCUAAUUUGACCACCCAUGCAUCACGAGAAAUAAGCUCAUCAUGAAUCCAGAUCACUAUAAACCAGACCCAGGCUGGCAGCCUAGUGUUCUAGACCUACUAGGGCGCUACUCGCCAAAGGCAUAUCCGGAUCCCGCACCACUGUCUUAUAAAUAAAUUUAACCAUAAGGUGUCGCUGACAUGUAGAUCUUUCGCUUUUGGAUAAUCAUCCGUCUUUCUUUUCGCUCUUCAUUCUCAUUCGUCAUAUUCUUGUGCGGGUCAUAAGAUCCGACGUCCUUUCCUUCAACAUGAACUUCCGUUCGCUUACCGCACUGUCGUGCGCAUUCGCAACCACGCUCGCCCAGGGCCUUAGUGAGAGCUCCCUCACCAAAUAUGAGAAUUCUUUGACUCUGGAUCACUCUUUCGGACCCGUCAAGGAGGCUUACUGGACUGGCUUCCCCCACCAUCGCCGCACUCCCUUCGCCGUUUCUCCCGAUGGCAAGUCGGCAUACUUGGCAUACCUCGAUUCGAGUGAGACCGAUGUCCAUGUUCAACAAGUUGACCCCUCAACGUUCAUCGCCGUCGGAACUACCGUUACCGUCACUGGUGGAAAGGAGGCAGGAGGUCUCGUUGCCCAUGAUGAUGGAUUUGCUCUGUUGACCAACGAGGCUCUGCCUUCCGGCACGGCAAACGCCCCCGCCGACAGCACUCCUGUUCCCGUCCUAUAUCGCUACACCAGCGGAGAACAAACAUGGAAGACAUUCCUUGGUGGUCCUGGCGUCGAUGCUGACUUCGGUCUCGCCGCCUCCCCUGACUUGAACGGUGACUUAGUCUACUCGGAAGCUGCUGGCAUGUAUGGUGCUUACUUCGUUGUUACUGACUAUACUGGCGAUGCUUCAGGCCAUUAUGGCGACAGUAUCAAAUACAUCAAGGACGACGGCACGCUGACAACUAUCUCCGGGGCAUCAAGCUCUUGGGGCUGCUCCCACAACACCGGUAUUGCGUUCGAAGCCGCCGAUGCUGCGCCCUUUGCUAGCGUCUGCGCUGAAGACCAAGGUGAUAUCUGGCUUAACACUGCUACACAGAGCAUGAGUGGUGUGAAGGUCUCCAAUGAGAACACCACCAAUGGCGCGAGUGGAGAGUCCUUUGGCGGUAUGAGCGGCUCUUACAGUGGAUUGGCUCGACUCAUCGACAGUGAUGCUUAUGUCCUUGCUUGGGUCUCGCGUGGUGCUAUUGACAUCACUGAGAACACCUGGUUGGGUGGCGGCAACACUCAGUGCUCAAACCGUACCAACGGCCGCAACGUCGCCAUCGCUCAAUUCAGUGACAAGAACACUCUCGUUGGUGAUGUGGCCACAUCCACCAUUGGCGCCACCGAUGGUGACUCGCAGAUCAACUGGAUCACUUCGGGUACUUCCGACUGUUCCAACGCCCACGUUGCUGCUUUCGACAGCAAGAGCGCCCUCGUUACUUGGGAGGAGAUUGAGAACCCCGACUGUCAGUUCAUCGCCAUGGGCUGCAAGGGCACUUUUACCGGCUCUCGCUUCCAGCUCGUUACCGACGGUGCCAAGGUUGGUGAGCCUCUCGUCGAGACUGAUACCUACGUCGCUGGUGACAUGGUCACUCUGUCCGACGGCAGAAUCUGCUGGCCCUAUGUCUCCAUGACAUGGGAUCUCUCCGAGGCAGUUGCGUACGGAGGCUCGUCCGCCAGCACCACCUCUAUGUCUUUUGCUUGCGCAAGUAUCGGUGCCUCCAGUGGCAACACCACUUCCUCAGCAACCUCCAGCGCUGCUGUUGCUUCCUCGACUGUAGCCACAGAGGCUGUUACCAGCCCUUCGGCUGUUGCCUCUACCCUCAUCACCUCAAUCCGAUCGUCUUCGGCCACCGCCGCCGCUACUACUGAGGCCGAAGCUGAGGUUACGGUUCCAGUCACCGCUACGGUCGUCCCUGUUGAAUCCAGCUUCCAGGUCUCUAGCACCACCGCCGCUUCCGAGACUGAGGUCGUUGUUGCUCCUGUCGAGUCUGCCACCGAGGUGGUAUCCAGCGCCUCGGUACCAGUCCAGACGGCGAGUGACGCAGCCCCGACUGCUUCGGCACCCGUAAAGUCUGCAACUGAGGUCGUCCCCAGUGCAUACCCAUCCAACGCUUCCAGUGGCUUCUCCUUCCCCACCGGAUCUCGAUCUUCACACUCCCAGGGCGCAUGGCCCAGUGCUAGUGCAUACCCAGGAUUCGGUGGACACCGUGGUGGAUCCGGAAACCAAGGCCAAAAGAGCUCGUGCGGUUCGCAGAAGCGUCAGGCUUAGACGACUCUACUGUGUCCGUCGAGGCAAAACAUCACUGGCUCAUAGGUGCCAUUAGAUUCUUGUACAUACUUUCGAUAUCUGAAGUGUAUUUCUUCUGUUCGAGCUUUCAAUAUGCAAAAUUGAGCACGCGGUUUCAUUGCUAAUGAUCUAUGAGUUACAAAUGAGCAUCGGAGCGUGAGCCGUGCCCAAGUGAAUAUCGCCAGUUAAGCUCGUCUGACAAUGUCCUGUUGGUUUCCUUUAUUCACUUAGGCAAACCAACUCGUUAGAGUAUAUCUUGUGCUCUGCAUCACUCAGUUCUAUGACUAUCAAUUGUAUGGCCAGUAGCGGAUCUAAUUCUAAAGGAGACAUGCGUUUGAUCGUAGUCUAAAUGUGUUGGGAAAGAAAACCACGGAGAACCACGAUAUGAAGCAGGAACUAUUUGAUGUUAAAGAUAAAUUUGUCUACAAAGAACAAUGCAAUACUUUAGGCAUGGUCCUAGUAAAUCUACCAUGUGGCAAG